AUGAAGUCCAUUUUCUCGUCACUGACCGUGGCCGCUGCAGUUCUCGGCGUGCAGGCCGCGCACUUCGAUGUCAAUGUCGGAAAGAACAACCAGCUCAAGUUCGAGCCAGAGACACUCAUUGCGAACCGUGGCGAUACAAUCACGUAUCACUUCUUCUCCAAGGCAAGACUGCUUCAUCAAAUCGAGAAGAAUGUGAACUUUGCUAAGAUUUCCUCAGAAUCAUUCAUGAACGACACGAAGCCUAUCUGGAUAUUCUGUGGCCAGGGCAACCACUGCCAGCAGGGUAUGCUGCAUAGCAUCAACCCGCCCUCGUCAGGAAACACCUUUGACGCAUUCCGCGACAAGGCCAAGGGUGCCGGUCCGAGCAGCUCUCCUCCCGAUGGUCUGCCUGUCGGCGGCAAGCGUAUCUCGCGGGUGGACGUGGGUCUCAACGGAGCUCUCACUUUCAGUCCGAAUGACAUCAAAGAGCCUCCGAGGACGUAUGUUGAGUUCAGCUUCAACCCACGAAACCACUCAGUCACGCAGUCGUCUUUUGAUAAGCCAUGCGAGCCAUCUGUCAACGGCUUCAGUAGUGGUCUCAUCCCCACAGCUCUUAGUCCGUCCGGGGUAACCUUCAGUAUUCUAGUCAACGAUUCCAAGCCCAUCUGGUUCUACUGUGCACAAACAACCGGAACUCACUGCCAAAAGGGUAUGGUCGGAGCCAUCAACGCCCCAGAUCAGGGCAACACACCCCAAGCUUUCACAGACCUCGCCUCCAAAGCACCUCCCAGCACCCUGCCUCCCAUGGCUCCCCUCGGCGGCGUCCUCCGCGCAAACAGAACGAUCCUUCCGAUGGUGAAUUCCGCCGUCGUCAACGUCUCCGCUCUUACAGCAGACAUGAUCGCCUACAUCCCCAAGCCGGGUGACAACGACCAGUACAUGAUGGGCAAAGCCGGUGGCGGCGCAAUCACGAACUGGAACUUCGGCACUAACAUCAGCGACGCGGCCGUGGAACAUCUGCAGCUCAUCCAGUUCCUCGACAACAUCCUCCUAAAGGUGCUAUUCGAAGGUUACGAGAGUCUGCAGACGGGUGGCAAGUGGGCCAAUGUCUACCCCGAGACCAUUGUCGAGACGAUCGGGACAAUGGCCGCACAGGCGUGGGUGCAUCGCGGCACGGCGACGGAUUCGCUGCAGCGCUUUUCCAAGACGGUGUUGAAGGAGUGCGCCUACGCCAUUCCCGACCUUGACAUCGAUGCGUUCCUGAGCACGACGCUUACGAUAUUGCUGUUGGAGAUUGGACUGAUUAUUGACGCGACGGCGCUGCUGGCGCCGUCGGAUCCGUGGCUCAUACCGGCCCUGGCGACAUCGCUCGGUGCCAAAUCGCGCAUGACGGCCGUUAUCAACCUGAUGCAGAACCAUAUUGCUGCGGCUGCGCCCCGCGAGGUGUCUAUCCCAGCCGAGUUGGUGUACUCAUAUGCCAUGCACCACUACGUGUCCUCGUGCCCGGACAAGUUGGCCUGGGACAAGCCAUUUGCGAAGUUGGAUAUCAAGGGUCAGGGGUUAGACCAGGCCCAGAGGUUGAUGGGCGUUGAUGUGCAGUGGGAGGGCAAGCAUGAUGGAGACUUGUUCCUCGCCUGGCUUGGUGCGUGGGGAGAGGUUAAGUUUUCGUCCAUUGCUGAUGGCAAGUCGUCCGUGCCUGAAGGUUUAUAUGGUCAUGUUUGGGCUGUUGUCACGUCGAAGAAGGAUAUCAAAGCCUCGGAAAUUGCGGGUGCAGCGAUAGCUGGGCCUGAGAUGAUCUGGGUCACGCAGCCUUGA